AGAUGUCGACUAACUUAAUUUUCAUUCAUUAUUUAGGUGCAAUUACAAACACAGCAGGAGGGAAAAAUGUCGAUAGUAAAGCACACGAUGAAUAUUAUUAAAAAACAGGGAUUUUUUGCGUUAUACAACGGCCUUAGUGCUUCUUUAUUGCGUCAAGGUACAUAUUCAACAACAAGAUUUGGAGUUUAUGAGGUUGCUAAGCAAACUCUUGAGAAGCCUGGUGAACCCCUACCGUUUUAUCAAAAGCUUCUAAUUGCUGGAUCCGCGGGUGCUGUUGGUGGAGUUUUUGGUACACCUGGAGAUCUUAUUAAUGUACGGAUGCAGAAUGACAUUAAAUUGCCACCGGGACAACGGCGAAAUUACAAACAUGCGUUGGAUGGAUUAAUAAGAGUUUGCCGUGAGGAGGGUGUUGUUAAGUUAUUUAAUGGCUGUUCAACAGCUACUGGACGCGCUAUUUUAAUGACCAUUGGACAACUAAGUUUUUACGACCAAAUAAAACAGUAUCUUUUAAAUUCUGGUAAAUUUAAUGAUAAUUUGUUAACGCAUUUCGCAGCAAGUUUAUCAGCUGGAGCGAUUGCGACAACUCUUACACAGCCUUUAGAUGUUCUUAAAACACGGGCUAUGAAUGCUAAGCCUGGAGAGUACAAGAAUUUGGGUCAAUUGGUGUUGUAUACCGCGAAAAUGGGGCCAAUGGGUUUCUUCAAGGGGUACGUUCCAGCAUUUGUACGUCUGGCACCACAUACUAUAUUGACCUUCGUAUUUCUCGAACAACUGAGGAUUUACUUUGGUUAUAUACCGAAUAAAUCAAACUUUUAG